GACGUGUGCGCGUACAAGGGCGUCUUUUGUGAGCAGGCGCUCGACGACCCCACCGUCACGGUGGUGGCCGGCGUCGACCUGAACCACGCCGAUAUCGCCGGGCACCUGCCCGAAGAGAUCGGCGACCUGACCGACAUCAGCCUCCUCCAUCUCAACUCCAACCGCUUCUGCGGUGUGAUACCCGAGAGUAUCAAGAAGCUCAAGAUUCUAUACGAGCUGGACGUCAGCAACAACAGAUUCGUCGGGCGUUUCCCCGAGGUCGUCUUGUCGCUGCCUGAGCUCAAGUACCUUGACCUUAGGUACAACGACUUCGAGGGCGAACUGCCCUCGAAGCUGUUCGAUAAGGACCUCGACGCGAUUUUCUUGAAUAGCAACCGGUUCCGAUCGACGAUCCCGGAGAAUUUCGGGAACUCUCCGGCAUCGGUGGUGGUGAUCGCGGACAACAAUAUCACCGGAUGCAUUCCGUCCAGCAUCGGAAACAUGGCCGGGAAGCUCGACGAGUUCAUCGCCGCCGACAACAUCCUCACUGGGUGUCUGCCGGAGGAGAUCACGUUGUUGAACACCACCACGGUUUUCGAUGUUAGCAACAACAAGUUGGUGGGGGAUUUGCCUCGAGGGUUGGAGUAUCUUCAGAGUUUGGAGAUUAUUAAUAUUGCGAAGAACAAGUUGAGGAGCAAGGUGCCGGAGAGCGUUUGCAGUUUGCCGGGUUUGAAGAAUUUUACGUACUCAUACAAUUAUUUCGACAAUCGAGAUCCAGAGUGCUUCCGUAAUGCCUUUCCGGGUCUUUCGGUGGAGGACGAGGAGAAUUGUUUUGCCAAUGAGGCGGAUCAGAGGUCAGAUAAGGAGUGCCGAUCGGUGUUGAGCGAGAAGGUUGAUUGCGGGGCCGGCUGCCGCCGCCCAACUGACGGCGACUCGCCUAAGCCGACCCCACCCAAGGGGGAUUCUCCAAACCCCAAGGGCGAACCAGUAAUCACCCCAAGUCCAAAGGCUUCUCCAUCUCCAAAGACACCAAAGGUUUCUCCGUCUCCGAAGCCAACGCCAUCACACCGGAAACAACCAAAGUCCGACGCUCCGUCACCAAAGGCCUCGAAGACCACACCGACUCCUUCUCCAUGGAGCCAGCCUCCGAAGGCCGCAAUGCCCCCUUCCACUGGCGGCGGCGUACCACCAAAGAAUGUCGUUCCGGCUCCCACGAAGACGCAACCGCAACCACAACCGUCAAAGGGCUCCGUUUCGCCUCCUACGACGGCACCACCAACAAAGGGCUCUGUUCCGGAGGGUUCCAGUCAAGCUCAAGCUCCAGCUGGAACACCACCAAGUACAUCGAAAGCACCACCAACUCCGGCGGCACCGAAGAGCGGUGGAGUCCCGUCUCCGGUUCAGAAGCCUUCGAAGCCCUCGGCUCCCGCUCCUGAGCCACUGAAUGGUGUUCCACCGACAGGGAAAUCGCAGCCAACACCAUCAUUCACUCCCUCCCCUCCACCACCGGCAGUUUUCAGAUCGCCAGUUUCCUCACCACCACCACCAUCUAAAAAUCCGUCGCCAUCACCCACUGUCAAGCCACCGGUUUCCACUCCACCACCACAAAUGAUGGAAGAGGAAUUAACCUCAUUAUAA